AUGACAACUGUCAUGCCAUUUGAUCAAAACACCAAUGAAAUGUCGAAUUCGACAAUUGAUAAGAUAGCAACUGUAUUCCCCGUAAAUACUGAAAAUUUACUGAUGUCGACACAAAAGCUGCGUCGAAACAAUACUUCGAUUAUCAAGGAGUUUAGUUUUAAUACUUCUAUGCACGGAAUACCGGGUAUUGCACGAAGUGAAAGUCUACUGAAUCGUGCCUUUUGGAGCGUUUCAUUUCUGAUCUUCACCGGUAUUAUGUUAUACUUUGUUGUUCAAUCGAUUAUCGCCUAUUUCAAUUAUCCUACACAAACAUCGGUGAGUUUCUAUGACGAAUGGCCACAAAACUUUCCGGCAGUGACUAUCUGCAAUAAUUCUCCAUUUGUGUACGAUUCAUUCAUUGGAUCAUUUUUAAAUUAUACUAACUCAUUGAAUUUAACACAUACAAAUGAUACCACGGUAUUUUCCUUCNCCGGUAUUAUGUUAUACUUUGUUGUUCAAUCGAUUAUCGCCUAUUUCAAUUAUCCUACACAAACAUCGGUGAGUUUCUAUGACGAAUGGCCACAAAACUUUCCGGCAGUGACUAUCUGCAAUAAUUCUCCAUUUGUGUACGAUUCAUUCAUUGGAUCAUUUUUAAAUUAUACUAACUCAUUGAAUUUAACACAUACAAAUGAUACCACGGUAUUUUCCUUCCAGCAAGCACGUUAUAUUCGUGAUUUUCUAAUCUAUAAACUGAAUCGAAAUGAGUCUGUCACUGAUUUCUACUAUCCACUCGAAUCAAUGUUGAUCAAAUGCAUCUUUAAUGGUAUGAAUUGUUCUGUAAACGAUUUCAUUCAAUUCGUAUCUCCUGUAUACGGUGUCUGUUAUACUUUUAAUGCUAAAGUAGAUCAUAUCAACAAUGGCACAAUACAUCAGUGUGGUGACUACGGUGGAAUCGGUGUCUUAGAACUAGGAUUGUACACACAUAGCCAUCAGUAUGUUCCAUUUGUAAAUGACGAUGUAGGUAUAGUAGCGCUCGUACAUGACAAUACAAAACUGCCUGUUAUUGAUAUGAUUGGUAGUAAAUUAGCACCUGGACGAAAGUAUAGAAUGAGCUAUCGUAAGAGAACCAAUACGCUCUUACCAACACCUUACACAAUGUGUACUGAUGAAACUGCACAAAGAUUACAAAUUGUGUUUGAUCAGUACGUUGGAGUGAAAUAUGACUAUGUACAAGAAUUAUGCUUUCGAGUUACGCUGCAAACUUACACGUAUCAACAAUGUGGAUGUAUUAAUCCACUUCAAUGGGCUUUUCGUUAUAUUCUUGUUCUCGGUACUAAUAGAAUCAUCCAAGCUCCUUUAUGUAAUAUAUCUGAUCCAUGUUAUACCGAAGCAGCAAUUCAAAUGCAAAGUCCUAAUCCCCCUUCUCCUACUUUCGAACUUAACUGCGGUCUUGAAUGUACUACAAAUGAAUUUGUAGUUCGACUAUCUUCUUCUUUAGCACCAUCAUCAUGGUAUAUGGGUGAAGUAAAAAGUUUUGUUGAAUCAUCUUCCAUUCGUUUGUCGAAAAAUUGGUCAACAAAUUGGAUUGCAGAAAUUGACCGGAACUAUGUUGGUAUAGAAGUCGUCACUGAAUCAACUAAAGUUGAAGUCUACACACAACAAGCGUCUCUUAGUCAGGUAGAUGUUCUUUCCAACAUCGGUGGUCAAACUGGUCUUUGGAUUGGUAUUAGUUUUCUCUCAUUGAUGGAAAUCGCUGAAAUGGUCUUUCGAUUGAUUCGUUAUCAAUCCUAUAGCAUUCGUCGUAAACUUUUCAAAUGA